CAAUUGACCAGUGGUGGCGCCUGUCAGCGACGGCCAAACUGAGAUAGAGCGUAGAUCCACGUUGUUCCCUGAUCUACUGUGUGUCACACCGUCCUGACUCUAUCCUGACUCUGAGAGGCCUGAGGGUUGCCGGGCAGUUUCAGGGUCACGACUCGCUGCUUCGUAUACCGUGUGAAGAUGACAGAGGGCGCUACUUGCACUGCCCUCCUCCAAGCCUCAUGCUCGCAUAAUCAUCCGCAAAUACGGUACGGUACGGUACAGCACAUUAAAGUUCUGCAUCUUCUUUUCCAGAAGCAAACCGCCACAGAAUUCUUGACCGUUGAUUCAUCAUUCACCCUCGGCAGGCCCACAAUGGAAUCGUCGCUUGUAAACCUUCCCACCAGUUACGAAGCGUGGUUUUGGCCGUACUAAGCAAACACCAGCCGCUUUCAUAUUCGAGGCGGUGUAUCUGUAAAUCGCUGCCAGCAUAGCACAGCACAGCAAUAGCUGUUGAUGUUGAUGUCGCUGUCAUGUUGUAUUGGUCAUUUGGAUGGCUUGUGACUGACAAUCAGUCACUUUGCCAACCAAAUCCUCAGAUGAUAGACAAUGACUUGACACACAGCUUGCUCGUUUCAGUACGCAGUCACCCCGCGCAAGGGACCACUCAGCAGCUAGCCUAUGCAAGAAGGGUUGAUGCGCAAGAUGCGCCACAGGCCGCUUUGUUGAUCUUUUGGCUGGAGGUUUGGUCUGUUACAGGCGUCGACAAAGCCUCGUCUGGUCUAUCUCACGCCCUUUGUCAGUAACAAUGCACAAAGAACAGCAACACAAGUUGCCUUUCGUCGCCUUCUUUCUUUGCCUUCUCAAUCAGGCUUUGUUGCACUGAAUAUUACACGUUUCUACUCUUGGCUAACCCCAAGCCGUGGGGGUACAGAGCACAGCAGAGCAACAACUGAUCCAGAUGCUCGCCUCGUCGCUCUUCAACUUCCCCACAAUCACCUGUUCCGUUCAUGGCAGACUGCCUUUCUACUGGUGCCAUUUCCGCACUCGCAAGCUAAGCUGCCGUCUGCGUCUUCGUCUGCGAUCUACCCUUGCUUCAGGGACGCACGCAGUAACCGUCUUAGGUGUCAUGUUGUCUCUCCAAUCUGCAUCAACAGCAACUCCUUUGUCCAUCCACCAAUUGAACCCUUCUCUUACAACCAGGCUCGUGAGCUCUCCCACAUCUGGCCCACUUGCAUACAGAAAUGCAUGCAAUGCAAGCCAGAAAUCUCCCGAUGACGACAGUUUGGCAUGGACAUGGAUGAAUGGACAUCGACAUGGACAUGGACGUGUCUCACUGAUAGCUAGCCUUUCCAUGUGCCCGCAGAAUCAAUGGGCGCAUGAAAUCCGAGUCAAGAAUCCUUUCAGAUCCUCAAAGAUCAUCUCUCAGAUUUAUUACAAAGGACCCUGAAACUGACUAAUAUAGCAAACAGAAACAAUCGUCUCUUUCUCCUAUUUCACAAGUUUAUAGAUGAAACGACUGAAAGGUCCUUUGUUCGACCUGAGCUGCGCGAUAUCCGUGCUCCUCGUGACUCGCAGUACUUCAUUUAAUACUGCGACGAUCAUGGAAGGUGUUUGAAACUGUCCAAUCCUAUCUGGCGCUGUUUACUGAUCGCCAAUUGCCUCGGUCUCUUCCCGUGAGUUGGAGCUGCAUGCAGGCAGUGCAACCCCCCCUUGAACUUGCUUGAGCAACCAAGGAAUGACAUUCGGGGUCUCGGUCUUUGCGAUAACGGACCUGUCUGAUUUGAUAUCAGUUCUCUACUGGCGGCUAUGUCAAUUGGUACGCGUAGUAUCGUACAUACAACAGCACAUUGGUCAAGACUGGCAGGCUGGCUCACUCUCACUCACUGGCUUCCUUGAACAUUGACGCUCCUCGUCACGUUGACCCGUCCUGCUGGGCACUAACCCCGCGUUGUGAAGUCAAACCCCGCAUCUUAAAACAAUAUGACAGUCGACGCGGUAUCAGCGCGUAGCUGUUAAAUUCGCAUGUUACUCUGUUGUGCUUAAGGUGUUUGAAAGGGUGUCUUCUGCUCUCGCUCAUGCAGCCUAGAUAGCCUUUCUGAAGUUGACUGUCCAGUGUCCUUCACCCGCAGCCCACCCACUCUUUAAACAGGGCUCUGACAUCGCGAGACUCCGGCGGUGAACAUGCUAUUUCUUUACGUUGUUGAAAUUGCGGCUGGGAUCACGAACAAGUAAACAUCGAGUAAAAUCAAAGCUACAAAGAGGAUAAUGAUCACGAGAUGACCGCCAUCAUGGCAACAAUGGAGUCAGCUCUGUGCAUUCAAGUUGCUCAGCAUACCGCUAAGUAGUAUAUGGGAUAGCCAUUAACAGGAUAUCCUGAGAAGUUGUUUCGAUACACUUCUCGAAAUUGAGUGCAUCCAACAUACAUAGACUUUGAUCUAGCUGGUUUGGAGACCGGGCACAUGAAUCUCAAAAGUAUCACAUUGCGACACUGUUGAAUGCUGAAGAGGAUGCAGGUACAUUUAUCUACGGUAGAUACCUUCAACUCAUGCUCAUCAAAACAAUGUCACCACCGUGUAAGUCCUUACCCGCACCUCGCAUGUCGACCCACAUGCCGCAAUGCUCCAUCUCGCUGCAUCGUCAAACAGACCCAGGUCUCGGCCGGUUAUACCACUGGACUGGCCCGACUCAGAGGACCCAUCAUCGCAUUGUUUUUACGCCGAAAAAAGAGAGGACAGUUGCGCGGUUUUUUGGCAAAGGAGGUGUGGACUGCUGCAUGAUGGGUUGUACAGCAUUCGAUGGAGUCUGAGGAGGUGAACUCUCAUCUCAUUUUCCCUUGCCGCUCUCCCUAGCCGGUUCCUUUCAUCCUGAGAAGAGCCGACCGCCCGUGAGAUGGCUUGAUGUUGAUACAACCGCAGGAUAUGGGUGCCCAUGAUUCAGCCCUUGGGAGAAGCCACAUCUAUAGACUGAGAAACAAGCAUUCUUCGUCAUGCAAGAUGCACCCUCUAUGACGAUGACGGUCCCGGUCUUGUUGCCGGUUCAAAUCUCUGCUUCUGUGGUCAAGUUGCCGAUCAGGGACGGGAAUUGUCUUGACAUGCCCUCCUAGAUCUUUGCCAAGAGAUUGAUUUUCUCCGAAGAGGGCCUGAGCAUUUUCAACCUC